UUUUCAACAUAUUAGACAUCAUAGAUAAAACCAUAUGAAACUAGUAGCAGAAACCAUAUGAAACCAUAAUAUAACAAUAAAGAAUCAAGAAUGAAAAUUCAGCUUUGUUUCUCUAUCUACCUCUCAAAUCUUGCUGGUUUUCUCGCUUCAGCUGGCAGCCAAAGUCCUCUUGGCUCUGUGUCUCCACUUAACAGAAGUAGUUUCCCAGAUGGUUUUGUGUUCGGAGCAGGAUCAAGUGCUUACCAAUAUGAAGGAGCAGCAGCAAUGGAUGGCAGGAGACCAAGUAUAUGGGACACUUUCACUAGAAAACAUCCAGAAAAAAUUGCAGAUCAUAGUAAUGGGAAUGUUGCAGAUGAUUUCUACCAGCUUUAUGAGUAUGACAUUCCUCUUAUGAAAGAAAUUGGUUUAGACUCCUUUAGAUUCUCACUCUCAUGGUCAAGAAUAUUGCCUGAGGGAAAAAUUAGCAAGGGAGUGAACUGGGAAGGUGUCAAGUUCUACAAUUCUCUAAUCGAUAAGCUCCUCUCCAAUGGCAUACAACCCUUUGUGACCUUAUUCCAUUGGGAUCUUCCACAAGCUCUUGAAGAUGAAUACAAAGGAUUGUUAAGCCCUGAGAUAUUGAAUGAUUAUUAUGAAUAUGCGGACUUCUGUUUCAAAGAAUUUGGAGAUAGAGUGAAAUAUUGGGUUACUAUCAACGAGCCAAAUUUAAUGAGUGAUUUUGGAUAUGCAAUGGGUAAAUAUGCACCUGGUAGAUGUUCUGAUUAUAUCGGAAAUUGCACAGACGGGAACUCUGCAACAGAACCAUAUAUAGUAGUCAACAAUUUGAUCCUUUGCCAUGCAAAUGCUGUGAAAUUAUACAGACAAAAAUAUCAGGAUUCUCAAGGUGGAAUUAUUGGAAUUUCAGUUCAUACAAAGUGGAUGAUACCUAAAUAUCACAAUGUUGCAAGCCAGAAUGCUUCCUCUCGAGCUUGUGAUUUUGCUUUUGGAUGGAUAAUUCAUCCAAUAACCUAUGGCGAUUAUCCAGAAACCAUGAGAUAUUUGGUGGGUAAAAGACUACCAGAAUUUACAGAAGCAGAAAUGGAACUGGUGAAAGGGUCUUUUGAUUUCAUUGGAAUUAAUUACUAUACAACAAAUUAUGCAGAUGAUGUUAAAUAUUAUGACAGUAUCCAUUUGAGCUAUACAACAGAUAGCCGAGUCAAUGAAACUUAUGAGAAAAAUGGGAUUCCGAUAGGUCAACCGACUUCUUGUAGCUGGUUGUACAUUUACCCUAAAGGAAUCUAUGAACUUUUGCUGUAUCUGAAGAGAAAAUACAACAAUCCUCGCAUUUAUAUCACUGAGAAUGGAAUGGGUGACAGUAGCUCAUUGUCUCUUCCUGAUGCUCUUGAAGACCAAUUAAGGAUAAAAUAUCAUUAUCUUCAUCUAUUACAUCUCUUAGAAGCUAUCAAGGAAGGUGUUGAUGUGAAAGGAUACUACAUUUGGUCAUUUCUCGACGACUUCGAAUGGAAUUUGGGUUACACUGUUCGAUUUGGAAUUAAUUAUGUUGAUUAUAGAAAUGAAUUAAGAAGAUAUCCCAAAUAUUCUGCUUUAUGGUUCAAAAGAUUUCUCCAAAAUGAGAAUAGAACCUCAACAUCUUCUUUCUUGUACUCUCAAUAAUCAUUCCAAAACUAUAUUACUCUCGUCGUCCCAAAAUAUUAAUCGUUUUUAGUGAAUAUUUUAUCUCAAAAUAUAAGUCGUUUUAAGUAUUUUAAAGAGUAAUAAAUAUUUUUUUUUCGAUGUUA